AUGUGCUUGUAUUCUGUCAAUGAGAUUAAUGAGAAACAGAGAGAUAUUCAUCACAAAUUAUUCUCUUAUCAUGGUGUCAAAGCAUGGUUUACAUUCUUGUUCUUCCUUCUCCACGUAAAUCAAUCUCACCACAAACUGGAAGAAGACGACAAUCUCAACCUGUUGUCCAUCUUUCCCGACAUGGCUGACGCUCAAGAAAAGGUUCAGAAAUUAAUUUCUGACCUUUCCUCUCCCUAUUUUCUGCACUCCGCUGAUCAUCCUCACACCCCUUUCGUUGAUAUUGCAUUGACCCACACCAACUAUGGGUCUUGGAGCCGUGCUGUUACCAUGGCCCUUUGUGCAAAAAACAAACUAUGCUUCAUCGACAACUCAUUGCCAAACCCGACUGAUCCAGACAUUCAAACCCUUUGGAAACGAGUAUCAACAAUGGUUCUCUCAUGGAUGCUCAAUAGCAUCAGCAACACCAUCACGCCUAGUUUGGCCAGUUGCCCCAUGACUCGUCGCUCGACUACUGGUUACUUUGUUACCCUUGGUGGCAGCCCUAAUUCCUGGCGUACUAAAAAGCAGAGUGUUGUCUCACGCUCCUCUGCCGAAGCUGAAUAUCGGGCCAUGGCUUCCACCACUUGCGAGUUAUUGUGGCUUCAUACUUUACUAUGCAACUUAGCGGUCCAUAUAUCAACCCCAAUCCAGCUAUAUUGUGACAAUCAGGCCGCCAUGCAUAUCGCUCGGAAUCCCGUUUUUCAUGAGCGUUCCAAACACAUUGAAAUAGACUGUCACCUCGUUCAUGAGAGGGUCCAACAAGGUCUUCUUCAACUUCAUCACAUUGCUUCCACUGACCAAUUAACCGAUAUUUUCACUAAAGCUUUGGGUGUCGACCACUUUCGUCUUCUCACGUUCAAGCUGGGCAUUACGUCCCUCCAUGCUCCACCUUGA